GUGUGCGUACAUAGAAAACAGAUGGUGUAAACAGGUAUUAUUACAGCCAGAAAAAAUGUAUGUCAGUUUAGAAAUGUAUUUUCUAGCCCAAGCUGUUCCUGUUAAGCCUCUUCAGCUGUGCCAAGGCCUUGUCUCUACUCAAGGAGAUUCUCACACCCAUAAAGCUGUACAUCAAACCCCCAAACAUUGCCAGGGUCGUGUAUGUUAUCCCUGCCUGGCUUAGAGCAGCAAGAAGACACAGGAUGUUCCUAGGGCAGCCAGGAAUGAGUUUGCAGCUAAAGGAAGCGACGAAACAGAGCAAACACCAUUCAAAUGCUCCUGUCCAGCACAGGGAGCCCCUGGGACGAACGACCAGAGCCCAGGAUGAGAAACACUCCACGGGCAAAAACCAUCCUUGAGAAAAGCAAACCACGGCGUCCCCUUUGGACUGAGGGUCGUGAAUUGCAGGGGAAGAACGGAGAUGUUUUAGAGGCGUCCCUGCCUACAGCCCAGGCGCUCAGGGAACGCGAUACCAACCCCAGGGCACCGGGCACGGUUUGGAGCGGGCUCGGCUCCAGCAGCUCCGCAGAGCGAGGGAGGGCAGAGGCCGGAGCCGCGGUUGCCGUGGCAGCGCUCCCACAACACCGUCACCCGGGAAGUGCAUCCGGGGCCGCCCCAAGUAGUUCCUCGGUGACGGCGGCGGCGCGGCGCGGAGGGAUCCGCCGUGUCCUGGCAGAGCGGCGGCCGCGGCCCGGCCCGGCCCGCCCGGCCCCGGCAUGUUCAAGAACACCUUCCAGAGCGGCUUCCUCUCGGUGCUCUACAGCAUCGGCAGCAAACCGCUCCAGAUCUGGGACAAGAAGGUGCGCAAUGGCCACAUCAAGCGAAUCACGGACAAUGACAUUCAGUCACUGGUGCUGGAGAUUGAAGGAACAAAUGUCAGUACCACGUACAUCACGUGCCCUGCUGACCCAAAGAAGACCCUGGGCAUCAAACUACCUUUCCUAGUGAUGAUCAUCAAGAACCUGAAAAAAUACUUCACUUUUGAAGUGCAGGUGCUGGAUGACAAGAACGUCCGUCGGCGUUUCCGGGCGAGCAACUACCAGAGCACGACUCGGGUGAAGCCCUUCAUCUGCACCAUGCCCAUGCGGCUGGACGACGGCUGGAACCAGAUCCAGUUCAACCUGUCCGACUUCACGCGCCGCGCCUACGGCACCAACUACAUCGAGACCCUGAGAGUGCAGAUCCACGCCAACUGUCGCAUCCGACGGGUGUAUUUCUCUGACCGGCUGUACUCAGAGGAUGAGCUCCCAGCUGAGUUCAAGCUGUAUCUGCCUGUCCAGAACAAGGCCAAGGUGAGCUAG